UGGGAUAUUUUGGAGCUAGUGGGUUAAGCGAAGGCCGCUGGAGACUGGCCGGUUGGCGAUUGCGGAGAAAGUUUGGUGGCGACAGAUGAGAUAAGCGCACAGAAAUACCAGUUUCGACGAUGGCAAAACGAAAUAAAAAGGGAAAAGACGAUAUGCCGAUGAAGUUACCGUCUUGGAACGAUCGUUUUUGGAUUCUUCUGUGACUAUGCGGCCCCUCUGACUCGAAAACCUUCUUUCCGGCGCCACCAACUUCUGUGACUCUACAGCCUCGGUGUCCUUUGCCUCCUGGCGUUCUACAGUAUUAACAACGCUUGUGAAACGACGCGUGGCGAUUUUGUGACAGUAUAGAGUGAACUUGGGAGCUCUUGUAAGGGGUACAAACGCGCAGGUAAAAGCCGUGAUAUUCCAUCUUUUAUCAGGGCUAGACGAACGGGACAGUGAUCUGGACCAAAACAUGAAUAGAUAGUCAAGAAACUCUGAUCAAAAUAAAAUCGAAACUAUAGCAAUAUCACUUUGUAGCCAUGCAGAAAUAACUCGUAAAUUAUAUAUCAAUAUCUAUAUUUGGGAAGUUCAUUCGAGUUGCUACCCCGCCAGGCUCCUAACGGCCCGCCCACCACCGAAUCUCCGUCACAACUGUGUGCAACAGGCAACAGAAACCACCACAUACAAACCCCCAGAAUGGCGGCCCCCAUGGACGAGAGAAUCAAUGUGCCCAUAGACGACCCCAACGCAGACACAGAAUGGAACGAUAUCCUGCGGAAACAUGGCGUCAUACCAGAAAAACCCCCGUCCCCAACGCCUAUGAUCGAAGAGGCUAUCCUCGAAGGCCGACGACUUGCACAUGAGAAUCGCCUUGAGGGCAAGGAUCUGGAUGAGCUGGACGAGCUUGAGGAUGAUGAGGAUGAUGCAUUCUUGGAGAAAUACCGGAUGCAACGGGUGAUGGAAAUGAACGCACUAGCACAGAAGUCUAAACACGGCACUGUCUACCCGCUAUCCAAGCCCGACUAUUCCAGAGAAGUGACGGAGGCAUCGAAGAGCGAGGUGGUGCUUGUGAACCUCACAUCUGGCCUGGGGACAAACGUUGAGAGUAGGGUUUUGACGGAACUAUGGAGUGACGCUGCCAGGGAGUUUGGGGAGAUCAAAUUCUGCGAGAUGAGAGGGGACCAGUGUAUUGAAGGAUAUCCGGACAGGAAUUGCCCGACGAUCCUGAUUUACAAAGAUGGAGAUAUGGUUAAGCAGAUUGUGACAUUGGUCUUGCUGAGUGGAGUAAGGACAAACAUGAGCGACAUCGAUAGCCUGCUCCUCGAAGUCGGUGCUGUCAAGAGUAACGAUAUAAGGAUAUCGAAACGGAGGAGAGAGGCGGAGGAUCAAGAUGAAGCUCCGAAACGCUCGGGACUACGUGGCAGCACUCGUCCAGUGAACCAGGAGGACGAUGAGGACUGGGAAUGAUACUCAUGAUACCAGCGGGAGAUGGGAAACCUGGUCGGUUUUACCAAGUCUAUAAGAGCCGCGCUACAAUGCGGAGUAUACACUCUGCAGUUUACUUGGGAAUCGAGGACUGGUAGAUUAUAGAUAUAUCUUUCAGAUCGACAGCUCC